GAGGCCGCCGCCAUCUUGGAUGAGCGUCGCUCCGCAGCAGCAGAAGACGACUCCGUCCACAGUGAAGCCACAACAGAUUAACUACAAUCCGUGUCACUGCGUAGAUAAUGCGACUAAUGCUCAGUAAACGUUGUUUUGCUUCUUUACUCGACAGUUUAAGUGGCUGAAAAUGGACAUGAAUCGUGUCCAGCGUGUAUCUGUAUAAUCCGAGAGGGCGGCGGCGCUGCAGGUCCGCGGUGUAUUUUUACAUUUCUGGAUAGACGAGUUACUAUGAAUGGAGGAUAAAUGUUGCCGAAGUCUGAUAGCAGCAGUUUCGUCCUCUUCUCUCUUCUCUUCGUCCUCACGCUAACGGACCCACCACGGACAGGUCCACGGCUAGCUCUGGCAAGAUUAUUGUCAGAGCAGCGCUGCAGCCCCGGGCAGUUCGCCUGCCGCAGUGGGAAGAUGCAGUGUAUCCCGAUGUCCUGGCAGUGCGACGGCUGGACGGCAUGUGAGGACAAGAGUGACGAGCUGGAAUGUCCCUCUAUAAAGGAAGAACGGUUUCGCUUUGGGAAUGGAUAUGAACCAGUGGAAGAUGUCAUGGGUGUGGCUCAGCCUGUGCGCUUCAACAAGAAAUGUCCUAGUGGGUGGCACCACUACGAGAAGACAGCCAGCUGUUACAAAGUGUAUCUGAGGAACGAGAACUACUGGCAGGCUGUGGAUACAUGCCAGAAAGUCAACGGCUCGCUGGCUACUUUCGUGACAAACGAGGAGCUGCAGUUCAUACUGAAGAUUGAGGUGGAUUUUGAUGAGAAAGUCUGUGAGCGCAAAGACCAGUGCAAGUUUUGGGUGGGCUAUCAGUAUGUGAUCACCAAUAAGAGCCACUCCCUGGAAGGCCGCUGGGAGGUGGCUUACAAAGGGUCCAUGCAGGUGUUUCUGCCACCUGAGGGUCUGGAAGAACUUGGGGAAAUGUCUCCCUCUCAGGACAACGUCUUCUGUGCCCAGCUGCAGCGCUUUCAGAUCAAGAACAUGAAUGAUCGAGGCCUGCACAGCUGGCAUGCCGAGAACUGCUACAAGAAGUUUCCAUUCCUGUGCAAGAGGAGUACGUCCACAUUUGGGCAAACAUGCGUCGACAUCAAGGACAAUGUAGUGAAUGAGGGCUACUACUUCACCCCGAAGGGAGACGAUCCAUGUCUGAGCUGCACAUGUCACGACGGCGAGCCAGAGAUGUGCGUGGCUGCGCUGUGUGAGCGGCCGCAGGGCUGCCACCAUUUCCGGAAGGAUCCCAAAGAGUGCUGCAAGUUUACCUGUCUGGAUUCAGAUGGAAACAGUCUUUUCGACUCGAUGGCGAGUGGGAUGAGGCUGAUCGUCAGCUGCAUCUCGUCCUUCCUCAUCCUCUCUCUGCUGCUCUUCAUGGUGCACAGACUUCGUCAGAGAAGACGUGAACGGAUCGAAACGCUAAUCGGAGGCAAUUUGCACCACUUUAACCUCGGAAGGCGAGUCCCGGGCUUUGACUACGGCCCAGAUGCCUUUGGUACCGGUCUCACCCCUCUACACCUGUCCGAUGAUGGAGAAGGAGGCGCUUUUCAUUUCCAAGAGCCUCCACCACCAUACGCAGCAUACAAAUAUCCCGACAUCCAGGACCCAGACGACCCUCCUCCUCCAUACGAAGCCUCCAUCAACCCUGACAGUUUCCUCUACGUGGACCUUGGACACAGCGGUGUUUCCAUGGUGCAGAGCCAGAUGAACGCUAUGGGAGAUGGGCUCCAGGCCAAUAUUCCCAACACCUCUGGUCCCGUGCCAAACUCAGCCCCGUCCACUCAGGAGAGGGAGGACUCCAUAGAUAGCAGCACCCUCCUGGUGGGACCUGACACACCGACAGAUGGCCACGCCCCCAACCCCACGCCUGCAGACUGCGUCUCUUCCCUUAGCACGGUGGUAUAGGAUCUCUGGGAACAAACUGGAGGGAGAUACUCAGAUAUUACCUGCUGGUUGGGGAAGGUCAUAUGUGUGUUCUGCACUGAUGGAGGACACAGCAGACUGUUGUCAUUUUACGCUGACUUCAGGGAGGAGACUUUCAGUUUCUAUAGACAUCAGAAGGUGGAACAGCUGUUCUCUUUGAGCUGUUAAAGCAACGGCAGGAUGCUUUCUUUCUGAAGACAUCUGUUCUUCAAAGUGUUGAUGUAUUGUUUUGUUUUGUUUUGAAGACACUGGCACCUAAGGGAAGCACAGAGGAUUAAUACUGUACAGAGAAAGGAGAAAAAAAAAAACCCAGUCCAUUCAAGCUGAGGUGGCUGCACUUUCACAUUUAGCGCUGAUUCAGCACAGCUCCAAAGUGUCCUGAUUGGCCUAAACACUGCUGUAAAUACCCCCACAGGUCUGUGCUCAUCAGAACUGUGUGUCGGGGUCCAGCGCAGUGCAAAUAAUGACAGAAAUCCUAGCUCUUUUUCUGCUUGUGUGCUUUCUUUGCAUAAUCAUUUCAAAGCGAUGGAUCUGUAUUAAUCUACAAUAACAUCUACACGUUUUGCUCUUAAUAACCUUCUGCCCCCCUACUUUCAUCAUCUCAUACAUGAACUUGUCUUCCACAUUUAUAGCACAUAUUUGCAGAACGUGAUAUUUUGUAGAUGACAGGUAAACCUUGCAAAGCAGGUACGAUUAGUUUCAUGCCAUCGGGUUUUUACGGGCUAAUGCUGACAAAGCUUUAGGUAUCAAGAUUGUUGUGAUACGGAAAAUAAGAAUAUUAAUUUGGUAUAAUUUUAUUUCGUGGGAUUUAUGAGAGUAGUUUGUAAUUAUGGUUGUUUGUUUGUGGGAUAGACAUAGGCUGAUUUCACUGUUGAUCAAAGAAGAAAUUAUUUUUUUUUAAGCAUACAUGUGAAGAUAAGGGGUAAUAUUCUGUCCAUAAAAUUUUAAAAUCUCUUUGUUUUAAAGUGACGAUUUCAAUCAUUUAAGUCAGUUAUGUCCUUGUUACUUUAACAGGAUGGUUUGCUACUGAACUGCUCCGUUAUCCCUUCAUUAAAUUUGGUUUUCAAGAAAAAUGAUCAGUCGUAAUAUCUGGAUGCUUUCCCUCAAUUCUUGAUUUCUGUUCAUGCUACGUAAAAAUUGUAUCCCCACAUUAACGCAGCUCAUCUGUGAUCUCAGUUAUAAAGGUUUUUGGUUUUUUCACCCACUGAUGGAAAGAUGCUGCUGAUCAUAGCUGUGAGCCCUUUUUUUGUUAUUGAUGGGUCUGUUACCUUUUUCUAAGCAGGAUCCACUUUUUUCAAAAAUUGAAAAAAAAGUUUUUAUUAAAAGACGAGUGCAGACUGUAUACGUGGAACAAGUGGACAACAUUCAGUCAGAUUGUCGGGCCAGAUGGGCUCCUCCACCACCAGCAUCCAAACCAACCCUCCAUGUGUCAGACUGCACAUUUGUAUUGAAUGUAAAAGGCUCUUUUUUUUUCUUUCUUUUUUUUAAAUUCUUUAAGCUCAGUUUACCUCCCCUUUAAAAUGGUUCUUGUUUUUUUUUUCUUCUUUUACUUCUUUUUCUUUUGCUUUGACAAUCCACAGUGGAUUAGCCGAGAAACAAAAUCAUGGUCUCAUAAAUUGUUUAAAAUGUGCAUGUGUGUUUUAAUACGUAAUGUACUGUUUUUGGGCUUUUUUUUUUUUUUUUUUUUGCACCAGGUUUGCCUAAAUAUUAUUUUUCGACCAUCUUUAUGGACCUUUUGGUGCAUGUUUUAAUCUUUUGGCAUGCUGAGAUAAAUUUCUUUUUGUUUUUUCAUUUGAGAGAAACCGGGCAGGUUCAGCGUCCUGCGUAUACUUUGAAAACCUGCGCUCCACCUAAACAGACUCAUGCACCCUGUAGUUCGACUACGGGGGUGCGAAAACACAAUUUGAGGAAGGUUUGAUAUGUUAUAAAUGUAAUACAACUAAUGCUGAAUUUAUUGUUUUAUUUGAUAGCCUUUAAAUUAAAAAAGAGAAAAAAAACGCUGUACUUGCCGGGGAGCUUCUGUUUUUCUGAUGUAAAUGUACAUCUCAUCAAACGCCAAAUAAACUGAACCACAAAGGACGACUCGUGCGUCAGUG